AUGCCUCGAGGCCCUCAGCUCGCAUGGGGGAGUCGUAAUGGCGUCUCUAGCUCUGUGAAGGGCGUCUACUUCGGGAGGCCCGGCCUUCCUCGCGUCACAUUUGCUAGUCUGUCGUCAAGCCCAAGUCUGGGCCCGCCGUCCGGCCUGGGGAAAGCAGCGCCGAAGCAGCAGUCAGAGCAGUGGAAGAAGCGGAUGAAGAACUACAUGAUCGAACAACCCGUCUCCUUCGUCCUCGAGGGUGUCAUGGGACACAACAUGCAGGAUGCCGACUCGAUCCGGCAGCUCAGGAGACAACUAGGGCAUGCAGAGCAGUUCUAUCAGGUGGAGGAUCAUGAGCUGAAGGCCGAGAUGUCGCGGCUGAAGCUCGUCCUUGAUCGCAACGAGAUGGAGCUGGAGGAGGAGGAGAGCAGACGGAGGAAGCUGGAGGAGCGGAUUGGGCAGAGGAGGAGAGAGCUGGCGGCUGUUCAGCAGAUGCAGGAGGAGAACGUCAGAGAGCUGGAGGAGCUUUACGAGCUCAAGAGGAUCGUCGACAGCAAGUCGACCAAGAGAGACAUCUUCGAGUUCUACAUGAAUCCGCGUCGGAAAGGUAACCUCGCUCUGUCAAGCACCGCGGGUCAGGAUGAGAGAGGAGCGGGGAGAAGGCGACUACGUGCGGCAAACUCAGCGAGGAGGCGUUUGACGUGCGGGGCUGUCUUCUUGUACUCAGUUGUCUCCGUGAUCCUGCAGGACGUUGAGGAGGGAGGGAGGGGGACGAGGACAAGACGGAGAGAGAACAAGGAGAUGGAGACAGCAAUAGUCUGA